CCGAUCUCCUCCACAAGCGGCAGCACGACCUCGAGAGCCGGAUCUGUGGACGAGCUGCCGACGUCCUCGCCCCGUGAAGAUGUAGUUGAUGACCAGAAAAAGAAAAUGCAAAGAGUGAAGCAGUUUCGGCAUUUCGGGUCCGACUUCUCCUCUAUCGACUUUUCUCGCUUGAACGGCGACCUGGAAAAAGCAGAACAAACAAAAGCGCGACCCUUUAGAGCAAAGACGAUUUGGGGAGAAUACGGGAUUCAGUGGGAAAUGCAGCGCUUGUUUAGCGACGUUUUCCGCGAAAAAUGGGGUAAAAAGGUCGGCGAGCUUCACUCCCUUUGGUAUAGAGUUAGCAAUUCGUCGUGAUGUUGUUGAUGAGCGAGCACGAAUGAAGUAAAGCGAUGACGUUCAACACCAAGAACUAUACCGAAACACGAAUGCACGAACACCAGGUCCCUCACUAUCCCAGUGGCUUACAACCUUGCAGUGAUCAUGUCUUGAGUUACGCAAAUGUUACGGUUGAUUUUACCCUACAUCACAGCGCCAGCGUUCAACAGAGCUUGGGACCACACGAUCACGAACGAGCGACGUUGGAUCAGAAAAAUAACGCAGCUCCUUACCUCGUACCGAGAGAACCUCUUAGGUGCGGGUUUGGUCCUCCCGUUGUAACCUCCCACGGCUUGUCGAUACCCUAUUACGAGGAGGGUGCUCGGAGACCUUGGGAGAUCCGUGACCAAUACGACGUACCUCCGGCUGGUCUCUUGAACGAAGAUGACACUUGGGAGAUCGAUACUAUACGUUCGGAGACGUUUUCUUGCUAUAUGCAUACAGUAAAUUAUGCCCUGCGCUGAUCAGGAGGACGAGUCAAAUCGAUCCACGACAUUUUGGUCGUGACCAGCUACCACUAGAAAAUGGAGUCCAUAGGUCGACCUUGGUGCACCACGAUGACUUCUGUACUAUGUAUCAGGGGGGCCAUUGUGGUUGAGCACAUGAUGAAAAUGUCGGCUGAUCAUGCAAAAGCGAUGGAAGUUCUUCUGUUUAUCUCUAUAUAUUUUUAAGAUUGGGUUUCAGCAGCCUGCUCGUCCUCUCUUGGCCAUGGUCAGUGUGUUUUUCCGCGCCCAUAAAUGUUGAUGAUGACGGCGAAGCUACUUUGGUGGAAAGAACUCCCCUGGGAUUACUUCUUGAUGAAAUUGAGAAGAAGUUGGUGGAGAAAUAUUUUAACAAGGAAAACUGGCGGGAGGAAUGGUACAAAAUUACCGAGUAUCAACUGCAAAGUUGUGCGGGUCUGGAAGAUUAAAGUUGAAGUUCUAUAGCCUAUCUCGCAUUUAUUUUCCGGUAGAAUCUGCAGUGUAUGACCGACACAAGCGCCCUGACUUUGUCAUGCAAAGCCGCAGUUUGUUCUUGUUGGAAUGCGCGUUACGUCCUAAUACUAUUCUGGAUCGUAGUUCUGUAUGGGGCGCCGCGCCCUGCUUGCUGGCUGGGUGCGAUUGGCUGGUUGCGGGGAGAUCCCGACCGGUUGUGACUGUGCGUGCGGCUGUCCGGGGUAGGGGCGCUCGACUACGUAGAUAUUAUGAGACCAAGAAAAGUGUCUCCCUCUGUCACUCCCACCCCCAGGGAGGGGACCCUUAGGCUGUGGCACUGAGUGCGGGUGUUCACUGCAUGAUGCUGGGUGAUGUAUGGGAAAACGUUGAAGAAACUUGUCAUGCUUGGGUGCAUUGCAUUCGAAUCGAAAGCGUCUUCUUUAAUAGCCGCGACUCGGCAUCAGCAUCACAAGUUUUCAGACCCGGGCUUGUUUGUAAUGCAUAUCGACGAGUUUGGCGACAACCUCGGAGGGCAGGUGUUAAACACAAAACAACCUGAAGGAAAACAGCCCUUCCGUGGUGCCGCGGAUCGAAAUCCGGAGGAACUCUUUCCGGUUCCGGAAACUGAGACGAUACCAUUUUCCCACUGGAAGGACUAUCGUGGCGGGACGUCGACGUACCCUCCGACCCGUGUGACUGGUUGGCAACGGCUUGGAGUCCCACGCGCUUGGCACCCGCGUUUUCGUGCGUGGUUUCGUGACGUCACGUCCCAUUCCCGCGUCGACAACGUCGACAACGACGACAACGACAACUCACCCAGGUCGUGGUCUCCUGUCGACCACGAGUUGGGAACUCCACCUCGCAGUCCCAUGAGUGUGGCCUCCAACAACUCGCCCGACUUUUCCUGAAACCAGGUUCCACGCGCACCUGGCGGAGCCGAGACUGGGCAAGGGAUGCACUUCCACUUUGCGCCGCCAGGCAAAGAAGAAAGAGGAAACCGCAUAGGAAUAAGCGUACUGAAUACUCCAGAGUUAAAUCUAUCGUAUCUCAAUGAAUGAUUUGCCUCUGAGUGUUGAUCUUGUGUUUUCAAGCAGAAUCACUAUGCUCCUUAUUUUUUACUCGCCUUUUUUUUACUCUUACGACCAUGAAAAUCGGCUGGGUCUUAAUGAGACAUUUCUUUUGAAGUUUGGAACAUAUUUGCAUUUGAUGUUUUUGGCGCACUCAGUUUUGCCUUUGAUGUGACCAUACCACGCCUCUCUACCAUGAAAGGAGAAGGACGAAGUUCUUGUGUUAUGCUUAUGCUGCAAGGUCUACUAUGCGGCCGUCGGUACAACCACGAAAACCCCCUGGGGAUGACUGUUUUUUUCUCAAGCCGGAUAAUCUGCUUGUGUACCUUUCGUCUGACAU